ACUGAUAUGAAUGUUUUUUCAACCAUAACAAAUACAAAAUAUGUUUAAAGUUAUUUUCUUUUUUUCUUUUUGGUUUAGUAGCUUUUCCGUCUGACAUUAAAGUCACAGUGAAAGAUAUCUGUAAUAAGACCAUGUUUUGAAGAUUAGCAUGGAAGUGUGUUUACUAGUACUAUAAAUUAUUUAUCUGUAUCUUUAAAAAAAUCAGUGUUUUUGAUAUCCCUAUCAAGACUUUUUUUCUUCUCAGAGCUAGUACAUGAUCAGCACUUAUAGAAUCUCCAAUCUUAUGGUUUCCAAAUUAUUACUGAGCAGAAGGACAGCGGAGUGACAGAUCCAGCCAUACAAGCAGAGCUUCAGCGGGGUCACUCUCUCCACUGGAUGGGAGUCACCUCCUCCAGCCCAGCAUCCUGCCAACAUGGAGGGGCAUCCCCAGCACAAGGGAGCAUCUCCCCAUGUCCACCCACAUCCAUGCAUGGGGGAUCCAUAGCUGGGGGGUCACCCUGCCGGUCCCCGCACCCCCCAUCUCCGAGCCAGCACCACCCGCAAACCAUCCCGUUGAUAUCACCGACACCAUCACCGCCAGUUCCCCCGACGACCCCUCCAUCAAUACCAAGUUCACCUCUACACCACAGUGGGAGUAGCAUAGAGGGAACAGCUCUCAGUUUAAGUCGUCUACAGCUCCAUCCUCCCUCUUCGCCUAGUGGACCUCGCAGCCCCUCUCAUCGUCAGUCUCCACCCCUGGUAUUGUCUCCACAGCCUUCUUCCCCGACAUCCUUGUUAAGUCCUGGUGCUCCGCUAUCUCCCCCCCCUCUGGGCCAUGUACCUCGGUCUGGGCCCUCCCCUCCUCCGUUGGGACUGGACAGCAUAAGGGAGGAGCCUUCAGGAAGGCCUCGCGUACCUCAUCGCAACCCAAGCAUUGUACAUAAUUUCACACAAAACCCUCAGAUAUCCAUCACUGACGAGAGCGGAGGUCAGAUCAUCAUUGCUUCAUCAUCAGAUUCGUCCCCAGAUAUAUCAGAUGACAUGGAUUCUUCCCCGUUCCCAUCUCCGCUGUCUCCUGACCCUGUGAACAUGUUUUCACCACUGUCCUCCCAACGCUUAUUCAAAGGUUUAAGUCUUGAUUCCUCGCCGUUGCCGUACGCAGGGCAAUAUGAUACGCAAGCACCCUCAAUAACUAGAGGAACUGCUGGUUUAAUUGCAUCACGAAGGUCUCCAGCAGAUAAUAACAACGUCCAUAGAGCUCGUAAUGAACGUAACUUGGUUAGACAAAAUGCCAUAACUGGACCUCCACAUCACCACAUGCUUAUCACUAGCAUGGAAUAUAGGCACAGCUUCCCACCAUUUCCUAAUGGAGGAACGGGUGAAAGUGACACAGAAAUGGCAGAUGUAAGUCCAUCGGGGGAUAGAUCACCCCUGGGGGAACACAAUAUUAUAGAACUAGAAUUGCCUAAAACAGGAAGUGGCUCUUUCGUGAUAACACUACCAAACAAGUGGUCAGGCAUGGCUCAGCAAGAUUUAGUAGGUAACAUAAUGGACAUGCUUGAAAGACGAGCCCCUUCCAUAGUCUCAGAAGGUGUACGAGACUGUGGUCUCUCGGUGCGGGACCCAACUGGGGCCCAGGUGGACUUGGAGGUGCAUGAGGGUCCUGCUGCAGACUCUCGUGCUCUUAAAUUGAGGAGAGUGUCGGGAGAUGAUCUUCAGUAUAACCAACUCUGCCAACAACUUAUAGAUUGUAUGAAAACCUAGCAGUGACUUUUUAUUUACUAAGUGUGAUGUGGAAUCUUUUAUGUAUGCUGGUACUUCAGAGUUGAGUGUGUGUGAGAUCAUCAGAAUGUCAGAUUAAAUAAUUGUAGCCAUGAGUAGUGCUUGAGGAAAACUUUUUUUUAGCUAUGAUAAUGGACUUCAGACUUAUAUUUUUUUCUAUCUAUACAGCACAGAAGCCAUAAAGCCAAGAUAGUCCUUGUAGGGGCACUGCUCAGGGCCUCAAUUUUUUUUUCUUUUUUUCUUUUUUUCUAAAUUCCAUAUUGAAUUCUUUAUUUGUUGUAUUGAUUCUUAAUUAUUCUAAAUAGGCAGUGGAGUUGCAUUAAAAUGUUUUUGGUUAAAUAGGCUAUUGAUGAAGGAAGAUUGUUAGCUUUACAGUUGAGGGUGAUGAUAGUCCUCAGUUAACUGUCUAUUUAGUAUAAUUUAUCAGUUAUGAUUGUGUAUGUAUGUUGUUAUAUUAUAGAAAGGUAUUUCACCUUUAGAUGUUAAAAUAGUUAUUAAGGAUUUCUCAGUGUCUUUCAGGAUUUACAGCCAUUAUUUCUUUUUAGAAUUGUAUUAUCUGAAAAUGACAUUAUUGAACUAUGGAAGCUGCUGCAGACAUUUCUGCAUUUCAAGUGCAUAUUAAUCCAUUUAAUUCUCUACAAGUUGCCUUCUGGACUGCAAUCCAUUGUUGUGGUUACUCUGCUCUUUAUUCAUAAUUUAGGGUAACAAUACUAAACUUAUGGCAGAAAUACAAAGACUUUAUUUUUGAAGCAUUACAUGAUGAUGAAUAAAUGCUUGUGUGGUCUCAAUUCUCAUUUAUGUGGAUGAUCAUUUUACAACAGAAGUACUAGCCUCCUGUCAGUCCAGAAUGAUGAGCACUCAGGAAUUUGUGAGUAGUCACAAAGUGCUUCAAUUGUAGAGUUGAAAAGCAAGAUGAAAAAGGUCUAGUUCUGCACAAUAUUGCUGAAACAGUUGAGCAAUGAUGAGAAUCAAAGACGAAGACAAGUCUUUACUGUGUCCAACAACAUUUGGUGGCCUUCAAGGAGAAAAUCUUAAUUGAUUAUAUUUAUAAGGGAAGAGAGUGGCUAAGGAAAACUUUGGAACCAACUGCACAAGUGGGAAAUAAGAAAUUCUUCUUUAGAUUUCAUUAUUAUUUUUGUCAUCAUUAUUAUGAUUGUUAUUUCUUAAUAAUUUUGUGUACAAGUAUAAUUCUGUGGUUAAAAGGAGGAAUUGAUCAGAUGAUAUGAAAGAACAUGAAAUUUGAUUUGACUCCGCUUGCCAUGAUGUACAUUUACCAGUUACAUGUAAUUAACAUGCAUCUCCGUAAGAGUAAAAAAAAAAAAAAAAAAAAGAAAAAAAAA